AUAUUGCUGACUGAGCCCGGGUGGCCAAAAAAAGCCUGGAGGGGAAGCCAACAGUGAGAAGAGAGGAAGGAAGAGAGGAGCGCAGGCAGGAUCGCCGCUGAAAUGGCCACCAAACUUGUGGAUCUGGUGUACUGGCGGAGCAUGAGGUGGACCGGCGUGGUGUUCACGGGGCUGGUGAUCGGCCUGGCGAGCCAGUUCCAGCUCAGUGCCAUCACCGUGCUCUCCCACGUCUGUCUGGGAGUGAUGUGUGUCACCUUCCCCCUCCGCCUCUACUACAAGCUGCUGGAGCUGCUGCGCUGGAACCCAGGAGUGCACCCCUUCCAGUCGUAUCUGGAUAACGACAGCACCCUGACAGACAAGGACACGGUGAUGCUGGUGGAGGAGGCGGUGCUGCUGAUCGCAUUCGCAGUCACGGAGAUCAAACGCCUCCUUUUCAUCGACAGCAUGAUCGACUCCAUUAAGUUUGUUGUGCUCCUGUAUCUGUUGACCUAUAUCGGUGUCCUAACCAACGGACUGACUCUGGUCAUAACUGCUGUGAUUGCAGUUUUCUCCCUUCCUCUCUUGUACAAAAAGCAGCAGGUGCGGAUGAGGAGGAUGGUUCGAGCGAUCAAAGCUUUUGUGAAGAGAAUCAAAAACCUGUUCCUCAGUCUGUAUAAUUCAGUGAGACCCUCUUCUGCCCCGGCACCUGCCCCCAAACCUGCGGCUGCACCUGCCGUGAAACAGAAAGCCAAGUCAAAGUAACUCGUUCUUUUUGUGGCACGUUGAAGGCACCCAGGAUUUGGGAUUUGGAAAAUGUUGGAAUGGUACAACCUUUGUGGGGCCGCGAGAAGGGGCAGCUCAUUUCCAUUUCUGCACCGCAGUGUUUUUUUUUCCAUGGGAGCAAGAUCUAAUCGAUCCUGACAGCUGAAACAAAGCUACCAUUCACUCAAGGACAGGAAGGGGAAGAGUAUGAGCAGAGGAAUUUUAUUUACAGAGAUAUUUUGUUGGCAGCGUUUAGGAUAACCAGUUCACGCAGUCGUCCGCUGCAUGCAGGGACAGCACACGAUAUCACAGGUUUUUGUUCUUUUUACGUAACUAGUGAGCAAUGUGCUCCUGUUGAGCUGCAAAAUUAUUCAUCACAAAGCAAUGAAGCAUUAUUGCUGCAUUCAAUAUUUCGCAUUAUUAAUUUUUAACUGAUAAGAAAACGAAUUACAUGACCACUGUCCCGCCAUUAAUUAAGACGGAUAGCUUUGCGCUCGCUAUGUUGCCGCAGAAGCAAAUUGCAUUUAAUCAGGUCGUAACAGUGACGUCCUGCUGCUCUUGAAUUUGUACCUUUAAUCACUAAAAAGUGCAAAAUGUGAGUGUGACCUCAACUGUCCUGCAGCGACUCCAACUGAAUUAGGAUUCGUUAAUGACACACAAAUAUGCUGCUUUCUGGUACAAAAUAGCAGCAACUUUUUUUUCUUCAUCUUUUCACUUUUCAGGUGACAAUUUCUAAACAUUGAUUAUAUUGAUUAUAAGUGCUUUUCUGAAGUUGCUCUUAAACUUAACUUGGAGUAACGGGACAUAAAAUGCAUCUAGUUUAUUGUCACAUUGUACUGAAGCUGUUUCUCACCUUUAACCUUUAGUAUUCAUUUUGUAUCGUACUAUAUGAAACUGCAUAACUAUUACUGUCUUAAUGAUCACGUUUCAGUUGCACAAUUGUGUGAACAAGUUUGUGGCGUAACCUGCCAUCAGAGGAGAUUUCAAUCGCAGAAACUACAACCUAUAGAUUUGAUGCUAUUUUUAUAAAUAUUUAUCUUCAUCACCGGACAAACGACCAAAUUAAGUGGCGCCGAAAAAGCUGCUGACAUCUUGAGAGUAAAAAAGUGCUUGAGUGGCAGUUUGCUAAAUAAAUAGAUGUUCACUUUGGGAAGCCAUUAGUUUUUAUACUCAGGCAUCUUUCAAUGUAGUUUUAAUCGUUUCAAGAAUUACCUGGUGACGCCCAACAUCCUCAAAACAAUAAUAAUGCAGAUCACUCAGUGCCAUCAAGAACAUUACAUUUAACUCAAGGAUGUAGAAUUUCUUUUUGAUACUUUUGUCAGUCAACGAAUCCACACUUUAAUACUUCUAAUGCUCGCACAACUCGACAUCCACAUUUUCCAGAUCAGCCAAACAAUUUCAGAACGUGCUCAUUAGCUAUAAUUGUCUUUGCUGUAACUCAGGACAAAUUCGGUCGCGACCUGACAUGGGAAGUCGCAUUUGUUUCUGUAAUCCGCUGUUUGUUGAGUGGACAUUUUUUAUCUGCACCAGAUUUCUCUCCGCGCUCGAGUUGAUGAAUGAUCACAACUACAAACUAUGACGUCGCCUGAAAGACCAGCAGGGGUUUCGGGCGUGUAACAGCUUAGACCCAGACUAAAAAGUUGCUAAAAUUGUCACGAGUAUAAUUUGAUAAUGGGAAAAUGUUUCAAUUUAUGCACAAUUUUUCCUUUACUCUGACGACUGAAUGAUUUUAGCAGCCAAACCUGAGCCAGUCAACUGUAAGCAGCUGCGUCAGUGCAGCUGUUUUGCCAGCGAGCUUCUGUUAGCAUGUCAGAUGGAUGUUGGCGAUCAUGUGAUGCUCUCUAGUGGUCAGUGUUUUAGAACUCAAAAUCAAGCUGCACUCACACCACCAUGUCUUAAUGAGCGUAAGUUAUUCGCUGUAAUAAAGCCCUGGCAAUAUGAAUGGGUCGGUACACCCAAAUUGUGACAAAAACAAAACAAAACAGAAAACAGUGAGGCCUGUAGACAAUUCAGAGACACAGUUUCUCAUGGGCGUCGCUGUUGCAUUGUUUUCAAUUUGACUUUUGAAAGCUGUGAGCGGUUAUGGUUAUCACUGCUUGUUUCGGUUUAUGUAUGUCUAUAGGUAUUAUUAUUUUUUAUUGUUUUGUUUCCUACUGUAUUCUUAUUUUGCUCCCCAAUAAAAUAAAAAGAGUUAUUUAGAAAAAUGA